GUGAAAGUGCUAGUAGAGGGAUAAAGCUGAAGCUGGUUUUGGGGUAAAAUCACACUCUGAAUAUAAUCACCUGCACAAAUCUCCUAAUAAACACAAAGAGCAGUUUUAUCCAGGAUGAAGAUAAACUGAUAGUAAACGUCAUUUAAGUUUCUGAAUUAAUGUCACGAGUGAGAGAAAAGCAGAAGCUCUGGAAUGAGAUACCAGGAGGAGCAGGAAAAGACUGAAAGUGGAACUGGAAUACAAAUGUAUCUGUGAGAUCAGUCAAAUCCCAACUUUGCCUCCUUAAAACCUGAUCAGUCCAGACCACCCUUUAAAGAUGGAUCAGGUCCCUCAGGAAAGAGGAACUGGGAAAAGGCCGUAUUCUCCUGAACCCAGCUGUGUUUCCUUUAAAAGUGACCAGUCAAUUCCAAUCUUCACCAACUUUAAUGAUGGAAAAACCCCUCAGGAAAGUGGAACUGGGAAAAGACCACAUUGUCCUGAACCCAGCUGUGUUUCCUUUAAAAGUGAACAGUCCAUGCCAAUCUUUACCAACUUUAAUGAUGGAACAACCCCUCAGAAAAGUGGAACUGGGAAAAGGCCACAUUCUCCUGAACCCAGCUGUGUUUCCUUUAAAAGUGAACAGUCGAUGCCAAUCUUUACCAACUUUAAUGAUGAAACAACCCCUCAGAAAAGAAGUCCAAAACAGAACCCAAAAAUCAACAAAAGUUCACUUAACUCCAUUUUCAAGGAGCUGGAGAACAAAACCAUCAUACUAUUGAAGAAUGAGCUGAACAGGUUCAAGAAGCUGCUGAGUACUGAUUACCCAGCAUGCUCUGAGGAGCAGGAGGAGGAGGAGGAUCUGCAGUGUAUUAAAGAGGGUGUGCUGAAGAUCACACUGCAGGUCCUGAAGACCAUGAAGCAGAAAGAUCUCGCUCACAGACUGCAGAUCAAACUCGCCCCUGUGUAUCAGCGAAAACUCAAAUCCAAACUUCUAGAGAAAUGUAGAAGAAUUAAUGAAGGAAUCUCACAGCAUGGAACAUCAACACUUCUGAAUGAGAUCUACACAGAUCUUUACAUCACAGAGAGUUGGAGUGGAGACGUCAAUGAUGAACAUGAGGUGAGACAGAUUCAGACGGCAUCCAGGAGACCAGAAACUGAGGAGACACCCAUCAAAUGUAAUGAUCUCUUUAAAGACAAGUCCAUCAGAAGUGUGCUGACUAAAGGAGUAGCUGGAAUUGGAAAAACAGUGUCUGUGCAGAAGUUCAUUCUGGACUGGGCUGAAGGAAAAGUGAAUCAGGACGUCCUCUUCCUGUUUCCACUUCCCUUUAGAGAGCUGAAUCUGGUGAAGCAGGAAAACUUUAGUCUGAUGAACCUUCUUCAUCGGUUCUGCCCUGAAAUUAAGGACCUGGAGGUAAUAGACAGUGAUGCCUACAAAGUCCUGUUCAUCUUUGAUGGUCUGGAUGAGUGUCGACUUCCUCUAAAUUUCCAGAACAAUGAGAUGUUGUUUGAUGUGACAGAGUCAGUCGCAGUAGAUGUUCUGCUGACGAACCUCAUCAAGGGGAAUCUGCUUCCCUCUGCUCUCCUCUGGAUCACCACUCGACCAGCAGCAGCCAGUCAGAUCCCUCCUGAGUGUGUAGACCAGGUCACAGAGGUACGAGGGUUCAAUGAUCCUCAGAAAGAGGAGUACUUCAUGAAGAGGAUCAGUGAUCAGAGCCUGUCCAACGCAAUCAUCACACACGUGAAAUCUUCCAGAAGCCUCUUCAUCAUGUGUCACAUCCCAGUCUUCUGCUGGAUCUCAGCCACUGUUCUAGAGAGAAUGUUGGGUGAAGCAGAGGGUGGAGAGAUCCCCAAGACUCUCACUCAAAUGUUCACACACUUCCUGAUCUUUCAGAUCAAAUACAAGGAACAAAAGUACCAUCAGAAAAGUGACAUUGAUCUUCCGCAGACCAGAGAGAGUAUCCUGGCUUUGGGAAAACUGGCUUUCCAACAGCUGGAUAAGGGAAACCUGAUGUUCUAUGAGGAGGACCUGAGAGAGUGUGGUAUUGAUGUUACAGAAGUGGCCGUGUACUCAGGAGUGUGUACUCAGAUCUUCAGAACAGAGUCUGGACUUCACCUGGGGAGGAUGUUCAGCUUUGUGCAUCUGAGUGUUCAGGAGUUUCUGGCUUCAUUAUUUGCAUUUCUCUGUUUCCUCGACAAACAAAUUCCAAAAGAACAAACCACAAAUCUGUCUGGUCUUUUCAACACAUCAGAAAUGUCUGAGUUCCUCAGGAGUGCAGUGGACCAGGCCUUACUGAGUGAAAAUGGACACUUGGAUCUUUUCCUCCGCUUCCUUCUGGGCCUCUCAGUGGAGUCUAAUCAGAAGCUCAUUGGAGGUCUGCUGACACACACAGGAAGCAGCUCUGACUGCCAAAAGGACAUUGUUCAGUACAUCAAGUUCAAGUUUGAACAAAAUCCAUCUCCAGAGAGAUUAAUUAAUCUGUUCUACUGUCUGAAUGAGUUACAUGAUGAUUCACUAGUGAAGGAGAUCCAAAGCUACAUGAACUCAGGACGUCUCUCUGAAACUGAACUCUCACCUGCUCAGUGGUCUGCUCUGGUCUUUGUGUUGCUGACAUCAGAGGAGGAUCUGGAAGUGUUUGAGCUCCAGAAGUUCAUAAGAUCAGAUGAAUGCUUUAAGAGACUGAUACCAGUCGUCCAGCAGGCUACAAGAGCUCUACUCAGUGAGUGUAAUCUGACAGAGAGAAGCUGCUCGACUUUACAAACAGUUCUCAGCUCAGAAUCCUCCAAGCUGACUGAGGUGGAUCUGAGCAGGAAUCCUCUGGAGGACUCAGGAGUGAAGCUGCUUUGUGCUGCACUGAAGAGUCCAAACUGUAAACUGGAGACACUGAGACUUUCAGACUGCAGUAUAACAGAGGAAGGAUACACUGCUCUGGCUGAAGCUCUGAGAUCAUCACACCUGAUAGAGCUGGAUCUCAGAGGGAACGACCCUGGAGCAUCAGGAGUGAAGCUGCUCACUGAUUUACUACAGGAUCCAAAACAUAAACUAAAGACACUGAGGCUGUUGGAAAGUGCUGAGGCAGAGGAAGUCUGUGCUUCUUUAACUGAAGUUCUGGGUACAAACCCUUUACUGCAGAAAGAACUGGAUCUGAGUGGGAAAAUCUCUGGAGACUCAGGAGUGAAGCAGCUCUCUGCUCUAGUGAAGGAUCCACACUGCAGACUAGAGAGACUCAGGCUGAGGAACAGCAGUGUUACAGAGAGAAGCUGUACUGAUCUGAUAUCAGCUCUUACUACAAACCCUUCACACCUGACAGAGCUGGACCUGAGUGAGAACACACUGGGAAAUGCAGGAGUGAUUCAGAUCUCUACUCUACUGAAGACUCCAUCCUGCAAACUCCACACACUUCUACUUUCAGACUGCAGUAUAACAGAGGAAGGAUACACUGCUCUGGCUGAAGCUCUGAGAUCAUCACACCUGAUAGAGCUGGAUCUCAGAGGGAACGACCCUGGAGCAUCAGGAGUGAAGCUGCUCACUGAUUUACUACAGGAUCCAAAACAUAAACUAAAGACACUGAGCUUGUUGAAAAGUGCUGAUGCAGCAGAAGCCCUCAGAUCUCUUAGUAAGAUUGUAGGUGAAGACCCCCUACUGCACAGGGAACUGGAUCUGAGCAGGACAACACCUGGAGACGUCAACGUGAAGAAUCUCUCAGCUCUGCUGCAGGAUCCACAUUACAGACUGCAGAAACUUACGUUGUAUAAAGAAGGCAGUAUUAAAGAGGAUGAUUGUGUAGGUUUGUUUUCUGCUCUGGAUUUAAAUCCUUCACACCUGAGAGAACUGAAUCUAAACUGGAAUAAACCAGGAGAAUCUGGACUGAGAAAUCUGUGUGAUUUCCUGAAGAAUCCUGAAUGUAAACUACAGAAACUACAAUUAGGGAACCGUAUAAGUCAUAAAUUCCUCUCCAGAUUACAGAACAGUAUAAGUGGUGAAUCCUGUGCUGAUGUGGCUUCAGCUCUCUGUACAAAUCCAUCACACAUCAGAGAUCUGGAUCUGAGUUGGUGUAAACUGGGAGACUCAGGAGUGAAGAAACUCUGUGAUCUACUGAAGAAACACGAGUGUAAACUGGAGACACUGCGAUUACAGAACAGUAUAAGUGAUGAAUCCUGUGCUGAUGUGGCUUCAGCUCUCUGUACAAAUCCAUCACACAUCAGAGAUCUGGAUCUGAGUGAGUGUAAACUGGGAGACUCAGGAGUGAAGAAACUCUGUGAUCUACUGAAGAAACACGAGUGUAAACUGGAGACACUGCGGUUAAGAGACUGCAGUAUAACUGAUGGAGGAGCUGCUCUGACUGAAGCUCUGAGAUUGAACUCCUCACAUCUGAAAGAACUGAAUCUGAGCUGGAAUAAACUAAAAGAUUCAGUUCUACAUGAACUCCAGGAGAUUCUACAGAGUUCAGGAGGAAAACUACAAUAUCAUAAGUCAUGGACACAAAAAGUUACAGCAGCUGCUGCCUGUAAUCCCAUCACUGGUAGUAAAUCUGAUGAACAGACAACUUCACAGGGGUGUACAGUAAUGUAGAAACAGUGUGUACAGUAAUGUACAGUUUAUAUUCCAUCAGAGAAGAGAAAAGCAGGAGGCAAGUGAACAUCAGCAGUAACACACACACAGACACCAAACCAGGAGCUCCACAAGCUCUCACACCUCCAAUCCAUAAAACACACAGUACUACAUAAUCAGCAGAGAAACUCCUCAAUGCAGGACAGAAGGAAACAGCAGGGUUUGGUAGGUGACUGAUACUUCAGCUGUAGUGAAUCCACUGAUCAGUUACUGAACACUGAAGAACAUCUCAGGAGAAGUGCUGACUCAUCAUGUUUCUGCUUCUUUAUUUACACACAGAGUUUUAGAGCUGAACUGAAUAAAUAUUUGUUAAAAGUAUUUUAUUCUACACAAAAUAAUGUUUUAUACCAAAAUAUAAAUAUGUAGUAAUUAAAUUUGUAAAUAAUGUGCAAUAAAAUCUUGAUUUAAAUCUUAUUUUCUUGUUGAUCACAACAUUUAAAAAAAGCUUCACUGUGAAUAAAACGUCAGGAAGAUCUGCUCUGAUGUUCUCGCUCAUAAAAACAUCUGAAUGUAUCAGAUACUCGAAUUAAACACUUAAUUAUCA